UGCAAAUCCGUCGGUUUCACACCCUAUGGCGAACAGCGCAAGGUCUACGAUUUGAUCAUGUUCUCGACGGAAUUGGAUUGGUUGGAGAUUCGUCUACAUACUCUUGAUCCUUUUGUGGAUUUUUUCGUCAUUAUUGAAUCUCCCACGACAUUUACAGGCGCCGACAAACCGCUCAUUCUUCGAGAGCAUUGGGAUCGCUUCUUACCCUUUUGGCACAAGAUUAUCUAUCGCGAAAUUCACGACCCACUCACUUCGAUGCGCACCUGGGAUCACGAAGACUACCUGCGGAACUCUCUGCUGUAUGCCAUUUUUCCAGAUCUCAAAGGCGAAGAGAUGCCUUAUAGAGGAGAUGUCCUCAUCGUCAGCGACAUGGACGAACUUCUCCGACCCGAAACCAUGCUUUUGCUCCGCCACUGCAAUUUCCCCGCCCGCCUCACACUUCGAAGCCAGUUCUUCUACUAUUCCUUCCAAUAUCGCCAUCGCGGCGAGCAAUGGGCACAUCCACAAGCAACCAUCUACGGCGGUUCCGUGGAAAAUACUGUCGCACCUAACGAUCUCCGAAUGGAUCUCAUCGGACCCGGUCUCCUACAAUAUCCCUAUCGCUACUUUCGCCGUUUCUGGGACAGAGGAACAUUGUGGAAUGCCGGUUGGCAUUGCAGUUCUUGUUUCUCCACGAUUGCUGAAUUCCAGAUGAAAAUGCACAGUUUCUCGCAUCAGAGCUGGAAUACCGAAUACAAUCGCCUUCCAGAGACCAUCGCCGAACGAGUAAAGAAUGGCGAAGACUUGUUCGGACGACCUGGAGAAGAAUAUGAGAAAAUUGAAAAGAAUGAGGAUCUUCCGAGUUAUGUGCUGCAGCAGUUUAGGGAGUUGGGAAGGUUUCGGUAUAUGGUGGAUCGCAGUGAUUCUCACGCGGGGUUUGAGGACUGG